AAAACGGCGAUAAAAAAUUGCGGAAGAGACGGCGAGUCCCUGAUGAAUUGUUUGCGGGAGCAAAAAAUCAAAAUGCAGAAACGAUUCGGCGAUUUGAUCCAGCUGUUGAACAGAAUUCCGAAAGACGCGGAGGAAACGAACGCGGAAAUCUUCAAACAGGCGCUACGGUGCCAUUUUCGAGCUCAGGCUAAAGCUCUCGAAGGGUUUCGACGGAUCCUGAAGGACUCUAGGGAGUGCUUCACCGCGGGAAAAGAAAAAAAUAUCGGUAGGUAGUUGCUUGGGAAUAUUUUCGCGCCUUUUUUCUCACCGUUUGGUAUUGUCUGGAAAGCUUCACGAGAAGUCGAACGUGAGACGGAGGAUCGUGAGAGCGCGAAUUGCACGGAAGAAACUCGGGCGCGUGUGAGAAGAGUGAUCGCCAUGUUGCGUCAGGAUUUAAUAUCCUGUAAUUCGCAUUUGAUCGGGAUCACGAAGCCCGGAAAUGACACGGAAAGCAAGCAAGAAAUGCUGGAAAAAUUUCAAGAGAUCCUCGCUCAUUUGCGCGGCGUGACUCGAGGGUGUGCCGAAAAAAUUGGUGGGUAGUCGAUGGACCGUGUUUUAUAGUUGUUAAAAAAAAAGGAAGAAGGAUGGAAAACGCUCUUACGCCCGAUGUAUCGUAGAUUUUCAUCCGUACGUGAAAGAGGAAAUGUCCGCGUUGCGAAGUAGGGUCAGCGAUCUUCACGAGGUAGUAAAGACGAAAUUUUCGCACGUACCAGAGGUGUCAAAUAAAUUGAAAGCUUUCGAGGGAUGCUGUAAGAGUGCGGUAGAGAAUGCGCUCGAAAAAUUGAAAGAGGUGGAAAAAAAUUCUGGAAAAUGUAUAAAAUGAAAAUAAAAUUAUAAACCCGAAAAAGAACGUCCGUAUUCCGGGGGGCCGUGACGGACGAACGUGGCUCUUUUAUUUUCAAAAUUAACCUCGAAGGAACCUGAGUCACAUUCGGUCGUCUAAAAUGCAGAGUUAGGUGUAAGGAGGGUCGCGGCGAUGCCUAGAGAAAUGGAGUUGAACAAUUUGAUAGAAGAAGCUCAACAGUUGCUCGGCUCCGUCGCGGAGCUUCUAACUUCAACGAUGCAACAGGGAGUUGAAGCGAUAAAAAAUUACGAGGAACUCGCCAGCGACAAGAUAGCCGCGAUAACGAAGGCGAAGAAAGAUCAGUUGGCCGAGUACGCCAAGUCCGGAGGAGCGGUGAAAUCCUGCGUUGAGAAACGCCAGAUUGAAUUCCAGCGUAUCGAAGAAAAAUUGCGAAAGGAAUUAGCGUCUUGUUACGCGAAGAACUACGGCAACCUGGAUAGCAUUUUAUCGGACAAAGCCGCGAUCCGCGAAGAAGCUGAAAAAAUUAAAAAUGAACUGCAACAAACUAUAGCCAACUGUAUGUCUGCCGAAACUAAGACCCAGUGUUUUAUGGUGGCUUUGGAUAGUCUGAAGAAGAGAAUUAAGGUACUUUCGUCAAGGUUAACUGAGACGGCGAAAAAAGAAGCGAACGCCAGAGUAAAAGCUUCCAAAGCUCUGUACGACUGCGACAAAAAAGCAACUGACGAAGCCUACGCAAAGUGCACGGCGAUUAUAAAUGAUAUAAAAAAAUGUACGGAUCAACAGAAAUGAAUGUCAUUCGCUGUC